GUCCUCCACGCCGCUGCUUGCGCAGGCAUUGCGACUCCUGGCUCCCGUGGCAGCCCCACUGGGCGAUUGGGUCCUCGUGAUCGGCCGAGGAUACAUCACGGCCUUUACCUGGCUAUACUCGGUGUGCAGCAAGACGCCUUACGAGCUCCAAGCUGCCACGGGCCUGGUCUUGUGCUUCUUUGGUGGUACCUUCGUGGCGCUCUUCGCUGCUGUGGAG